UACUUCCGGUAGUUGCAUUCGUGGGAUUCCUGAUAUAAAUAUUGUUUACUGCUGCUCGUUUAAUUUCCUUUUGCCUAAAAUGUUCUGGCAAUACUUCUCUGAUCGUUAUUGCUGUUAUAGUCCGACAUAAUAGCAAAGACAGUUCAAUUACUGGAAUCUUAUUUACUCUUUCUUUGCUCUCCAUCACUAUUUUAAUUUUCCACUCCCCGUUUGUUUUAUGUUAGCUACGAUCUGGAUUUACAAUUCACAUUGCCGAUGGAUGGUAUGGAAGACAGUGGCUUUGAUAGUGAUCCUAAGCCGGUUACACAAACAGAACAGCUGAAAAAAAUAAAUAACAGCAAUCUGUAGAUGCUGGAGUGUAAUAUAGUAGAACGGACACAUAUCAACGAUGGAGAAUUCUAAUCAUGCAAAGAAUGGUGCACAUAUAAAAGCCUUAAAGAAAGCAUCAGAAUUGCAGAAAAAGAUUGAAAGGCAAAGAGAUGCAUCACGCAAAACACAAAAUUUGGCAAUUGACCAACAACCCAAAAGAUCUUUCUUAGCCCGAAAUAGGUCAACUGUUUCCAAGAAUGACAGCAGUGGUCCAUUUAACCAAGACCAGCAGCCUUUAGUUGCGAUUAUGUCAGAUGACAGCAGCGAAGAUGAUUUUACAUCCCAUCUUUCAAAAACUGCCCACAAAGAAAUCACUGAGCAGCUUAUCAAAGAUGGUUUCAACCUUGACUUAGAACCGGAUGAUGAAGACCUUGACCUUAUUCCCCCACGUCCAAUGAAUGAACGAUGUGUGUGUUGCAAUAUGCAUUCGAACUGUGCACUCCAAUGAAUGGGACACUUAUCAACCAAAAAGAAAAACGAAACAAAAAAAGAAGAUUCGUGCUGGAAGAUUCUUGCAUUUAAUUGGAGGUGAGAACAUUAACGAAAGUGUUCUCCAUUGUUAUAUAUAUAUAUAUGUUUACCUCUUUCUUUCUGUAAUACUCUGUAUAUAUUAAUGAAAAUAAACUCUGGUCUCAUUUCUCUGAAGCUGGAGAGACAAAAAAAAAAACAACAAAAAAAACAAUGUGAUGACUAAAAGAAGUUAAAUGAUGCCAAAGCUGAGGAAAAAAAGAGGAAGGAAAGUAUUUUGCAGCAGACUAGUAAUGGCAAAGAAAACUUCUAUUCUGAAUGAUCCAAAUGUUUCACUUGUAUUUCAUGAUAAACCUUCUCUUCCCUGUUAUAAGCAAUUUUCCAUGUCACUGUUGAUAAAUAUAUAUACAUAUUAUAGUUGAUACAUAAACCUAUUGAUUCUGUUGAAUUUCUUUCCCUCCUAUCUGCUUGCUGACACUGUAGAUUAGCAAUGCCAUACCAGAAGUCUUUCAUUCUUUGGUCAUAAUCUGCAGUUUACUUUUCACUUACAUUUCAGUAUUGAUUUCAUGAUUUUAUUUAAUAUUUUCAUAUUUCAUGAAAUUCAUUUUGUUUGUUUUUGUUAGACAUUUCCAAAAUAAAUGUUCUUUUUAUUUGUUAUAAACCUGAUAAUUGUGUAAGAUAUUCUAGAUAAUUCUGAGGCUUUAAGAUAGCUUUAAAAUUUAACUUCGGGAAAUAUUAAAAUUCUCUAUUAAAAUAUUCCGCUAUCCCCCCACCCACACUAAACUACCCUGAUUUCUUGUGCUGAAUCCAAUGUAUUAUCUGUCUAAAUCUAGAAGCCUACUUUUAUAUUUCACUAUUUUAGACAAAGGUUGAAAUAAUGAUUACAUUAUAUGGACUGUUGACAAAAAUUCUUGAUUAUGGAAUCUCAGAAUUGAAUUAGAUAUUUUCAUUGAGGAUUUUUAUCUUUCCAUAAAGAUUUUUUUUUUUUUUUUUUCCCUAAAUAAGUUUCAAAAUUUUUCUAGUAGUCAGUCUUCCACAAAUGAAUCCAGCUGCAAUAUGCUUUUGGAUCCUUCUAUAUUUUUGUCUAAUUCUUUUUCAUAUUAGAAAGUUAAUAUAUUUUCAGAAGAAAUUAUAUAUUUUAGAUAACUAACACAAAACUAAAUCACAGUUAAUUUUUAGUUGCAGCUCAUAAAUAUAAUUUAAUCCACCAAGUACAAUAAAAAAAGAAAAGAAAGAGAAAAACACAUUGAAAUAUUUCAUCAACCA